AUGGCCCCGCGCGGGCGCUGGCGGCGGGCGCUGCUGCUGCUGGCCUGGCUGCCGGCGGGUUGCCUCUCCCUGCUGGUAACAGUUCAGGAUGUUGAGCGUUACACCACCUUGUUUGCUAGUGUGGUCCUCAGGUGUGACUACAGCACCUCAGCACAGCUGCAGGAUGUAGUGGUGACCUGGCGCUUCAAAUCCUUCUGCAAGGAUCCCAUCUUUGACUACUACUCAGCCUCAUACCAGGCUGGUUUAGCUCUUGGGCAAGAUCCGUCUGAUGACUGCAAUGACAGCCAACGAAAGGUGCGCAUUGUCAUCCAGAAAUAUGGGCAGAACGAACCUGUACUGGGCAUCGAUUACAGGCAACGGAAGAUCACCAUUCAGAACCGGGCAGACCUUGCCAUCAGCGAGGUUAUGUGGUGGGACCAUGGCAUGUAUUAUUGCACUGUGGAAGCACCAGGAGAUACAUCAGGUGAUCCGGACAAGGAAGUUAAGCUAAUUGUUCUCCAUUGGCUCACAGUACUCCUUAUCAUCCUUGGUGGACUCCUUUUCCUUCUGCUGAUUGGAGUGUGCUGGUGCCAGUGCUGCCCCCAGUAUUGCUGCUGCCACAUCCCAUGCGUCUGCUGCCCAACACGGUGCUGCUGUAACCAGGAAGCACUGGAACGGCAUCGCUUCAUGAAGCAGGCUCGUGCACUUGCACCUUGGAUGUCACCCAACAUGUUCUACAGAGGUAGUGAUGGGAAUUCUCAACUUUCUUCUUACCAGCUGAACCCUCUGCUGCAACGAGAUGUGUCCCUGCACAGCAGUAUUCCACUGGUGCAGCCACAAGGUCCGCUUUCUUCAAACAAGGGUGUCUUGGACUACCUGGAGUCUGAAAUCCAAAAUCUCAACCUAUCUCAACCCCUGCCACCCUCCCGCCAACAGCAGACUGUGCCGCAUUCCAGCGUGCUCUCCUCCCUAGGCUCCGAUAUUGUGGAACACAGGGUAAUACGUCUGCCUCCGCUCAUCGAUCCUGUCCCCUCCUUCCACGGAAGCAGCAACUCCUCACGCCUCCAGAGAGGUGCUCACACCCCCCAACCCUGGGACUCCUCAGCAGAGAACAAGAGGGAAAAUCGACUGUGGCCCCGGCCUCCCGGUGGGGAUUCUCACUCCACCUACAGUCGGGAGCCCUGGGACCAGCAGCAAGAGGAGCGUCCUCCAAGACAGAGGACAGGCAGCUACAAUGGCAGGCCUGGGCACUCCAGACGGGAUGUGUCACCUGUGCACCAUGCUGAGAAGGGCAAGAGCAGCAGCAGCAGCAGUAGUUUCUACCCGGAAGAGGCCAAGGAGCGGUCCAGCCACCAUCGUGACUCAAGACAGCAGCCCACAGGGAGACAAGACUACCAGCACCAUGCCAGGAGGAGCAACAACUCAGGUCACCGCCAGCACAGCUACUCUCCCCCUUCUCGGCGAGGGUCAUGGAGCUCCUCUGAAGAGCAUGUCCGUCUCCCAGUGGCGAACCGCAAGCGUCACCGCCGGUCUCGGGACCGGCCAGAAGAUAAACCCCCAAGUUACCGCUCACUAGAUAUCAUCCCAGAUCAGGACAGCAAGCAUAGAGACAGGGGAGGGCCACGCUCAGACAGAGGAAGUUCCCGCAGUGGAAGAAGCAUAGUCAUUUAAUGUCAGUGCUGAAAGAACUGAGAUUCCCACCAAACUCCUCUUAGCUGUCUCAA